AAACCAGCAUCACUGUAAAAAAAAAAGAAAAAAACGCUAGCAAAUUAAUGCUUGUCCAUUCCACCAAAAUUAAUUAACGCUAGUAUAUACCAUCAGCUUGCUAAAAAAACGAACGCUGUCGGUCACAACCCACGUGGCCGGUGGACAACACACGUGGCCACCCACCGGCCUUAUUUCUUGGAUUUCGAUAGUACUAGUGGUGCUUCCUCUUCAUGGCUGCAAGCGCAUACUAGUACAGAGCCACUGCUUCCGCUUCCUCUGCUUCAUCUUCGCGGCGAGCUUCAUGGCUGCGAGUGGCGUUGCGGCAUGGUAAAAAGUGCAGCCAACGGCGGCCGGCUACUCCUGCUGCCGAGCAAGCGGGCGGCGAGUGCUCCAACCGCGCGGGAUCUCGUCGGCGCUGCGCGAGGACGACUGGCAGCAUGGGCCAUCAGCUCACUGCUGUCAGCCGUCACCAGAUUGGGCGCGAGGAAGGAGGACAGUCAGAUGAGCGCCGGCCACGAAGGCGAGCGCGUCGACGGAGGCGUGCCCGUGCUUGAUCGACGCCCAACGGCGCGAUAUCCGCGCGACGGCGACCGUGGAUGGCGUGUGAGGUGAGUUGCCGUCGACGGAUGCGUGCUUGCUCGACGCACAACGGCGCGAGAUCCGCGCGACGGUGACCGUGGGUGACUCCGGGGGACGCCGCGCCGCGCGAGAGCCCUCCCACACCCGCCGCUCCUGUUCCGCGAGUUCCAGCGGCUGAGGCGGCGGACGGGGACGUGUAUGGACCACCUCGCCGUGAAGCAGGCGCAGCUGGAGUUGAAAGACCAUACGUGCGCCGCGUCUUCCUCUUCGGGGUCAUCCCGGAGCGGCUUGGCUUAUCCAAAAAGCUCAAGCUCCGGUACAAGUCGCAAGUACGGCGACGAGCUCACCAGCCCUCGAGGGCUUGCUGGAGGCGUCCUUGCGGCGUCGAGGUGCAUCCACUCGGCGCGCAUUGCUACACGCACCGGUCCACGGUGUAUGGCAGCUUGGGUGCUCGGCGGGGACGACCAUGAUGCUAUCGCCGGCCGGCGUGCUCGUGCGCCAAGGAGUGGAGGGAGAUGGACGAGUACGCAAGCAGUCUGGGCACUGGCGUGCGUCUCCGGAAAGAGGAGAAGCAGAUGAGCACCGGUCGCGUGCUCCUCUGCCUCUCCUCGAGACGUGGCCGUGGUGCUCGUCGUCCCCGAGACGCACAGCAGAGUGGUCGCCGGCGCACCGGCGUCCUUGUGCCGACCUGCUGGACGCGACCAGGUUGAGCACGCGCCGCUGGGCGUGCACGAAGACUCGCAGAACCGCGCCAAGCUCGUCGCCGACCUGCUCAGCGGCUUGAACGCCGAGAGAUUUUUCGUUGGCUCGGAACUGGAGGAUGUGUUCGAAUUCUUCAAGAAGAACCCCCUUCUUCAUGCAGUCCCAUACGAUCGUCUAUUUUCUCCUCAUGUGACCUAUCCACACUUUGUGAAGGAUGACGGGAACAAGUUCAUCCUGUCCGGGAUCCAUCUGAUCGGCGGCGCACAUGAUUUGGGUCUAUCCACAAAAGGCCUUUUCACAAGGGAAAAUACAGUGCUGCUGCCCCGACGAAUGGUGCUCGGUCUCAAGGAGAUUAAUGCCACCGGAGUGAUCGUGCCUGGAGGGGCAACACAGCUGACAACCGAAGAGCGGGUGGAGAACUACAAAGAGUUUGCUUCUUUUCUUGAGGUCCUCAUUUUCAAGUCCCAAGGUUCGCUGCCAAAGCAUCUUCUGCCCCCCUUUCUCGAGGGCCUCCAGCGUCUAGCAAAUGAGAUGCUCAGCGACGUGAGAAUGGUGGAGAUCAUUCAGUCUUGUCCUCCUUUGAUGCCACUGCAGCACAAGGCUGUGUUCUACCGCCGCGUAUUUAACAUACACGAGAGGAUUGACCUGGUUGUUCGCCACGGGCUGCCUGGGGCGGGCUUGGUGGCCAGCGGCAAAACUGCUGAUGUUAAAAAUCUUCAGCAGCAACUGCUGAAAUCCGUCCCUUACACGGUCGGUCCUGAUCUGUGGGGCGACAUGGCCCUAUCAAAUCUUGAGGUGUUCAAUAUCUUCAUGUCCAUCAGUGCUUUGAAGAAAAAUGAUGCUGAAGGGUUGACAAGGAUGUUACGAGUCAUGGUUUCUCACCCUUUUGGGCCGAAAGUGGUGGACCUAAUGCAGGAGCUUCAGCAAGUGGAAAAUGAUGCAAAGGCUGGCAGAAGGCUGAACCGGCGUGCUAAGUACCUUGCUGUGCGCGCCUGCUCGUCCACUUUACAGACCAUUCCACCGGCGUGCAGGGAGGUUAUCCGGCUCGCAGACCAGACCUACCCCGCAUACCCAAUAGCAGUUGCGACCGGAUUUUGGAAAUCUGGGGCGUAUGGUUUGUUGGACAUGCCAGGGCUCAUGCGCCCGCUUUGAUUAUUGCUUGAGCACUGUCACCUUCCACUGUAAGCUGCUCAUAUUCUGCUUCACCAAUUCAAGACUGCUGUUUGUUGGAUCAUUGCUUGAGCACUGUCACCUUCCACUGUAAGCUGCUCAUAUUCUGCUUCACCAAUUCAAGACUGCUGUUUGUUGGAUCAUUGCUUGAGCACUGUCACCUUCCACUGUAAGCUGCUCAUAUUCUGCUUCACCAAUUCAAGACUGCUGUUUGUUGGAUCAUUGCUUGAGCACUGUCACCUUCCACUGUAAGCUGCUCAUAUUCUGCUUCACCAAUUCAAGACUGCUGUUUGUUGGAUCAUUGCUUGAGCACUGUCACCUUCCACUGUAAGCUGCUCAUAUUCUGCUUCACCAAUUCAAGACUGCUGUUUGUUGGAUCAUUGCUUGAGCACUGUCACCUUCCACUGUAAGCUGCUCAUAUUCUGCUUCACCAAUUCAAGACUGCUGUUUGUUGGAUCAUUGCUUGACCACUAUCACCUUCCAUUGGUUGAAUGUCUAUGUAAAUGUGCUGCCACUGAGUGCAACUACUAGUGUCAUGACUAUGUUAGUCACGGGUAAAGGUUCUGGAGCAUAUCGUAAUUCGCCGAUCAUCUGCUUUUUUGCUUCGUUUGCUGAAUGCCUAUGUAAAUCUGUUGCUACUGAGUGCAACUACUAGUGUCAUGACUAUGUUGGUCACGGGUAAAGAUUCUGGAGCAUAUGAUGGGGCGGGUGCUGGUGAAUGCUGGUGUUAUUUUGGGUGGCCAAGUGUGGCCAAGUAAUUUCUGAUGCUCUGAUGGAUAUAGUAUUAUGCAAUUAUGUUUAUGAUGACCUGAUGAAUGAUUA